CCGCCCCCUUCCUCCGCGGCUGCGCUGGCCGGGCCGGGCCGGGGUGGCUCUUGUCCGGCGUGACUCUUCCCAGCCCGGGGCCGCCAUCAUGCGGUUGUGGUGACUGGUCUUUGCUCCCGGCCACCGUUGCUUCCUCCUCAGCGUCUUUCGCUGCCGGCGGUGCUGAGGGACAAAUUUUGGGGAGCAAUGACCGAAGUUAAGCGAAAGGUGUUCGGGCAGAUGCCCCGGGAGGAAGGAGGAGGAGUGGUGGAAAAGUUCGUGUUAAAGUCGGACAGCGUGAAAGUGGAGAUCCUGUCCUUAGGGUGCAUAAUCGCUGCUUUGGAGACAAAAGGCAGGGAUGGAGAGUUUUCAGAUGUUGUCCUAGGCUUUGACACUUUGCAAGGUUACAUGGGGAAGCACCCCUACUUCGGUGCUGUCGUGGGACGUGUUGCCAACAGGAUUGCGAAAGGGAGGUUCACUGUGGAUGGGAAGGAGUAUCAGCUGUUCCUCAACAAUGGGCCCAACAGCCUGCAUGGAGGAGCCAAGGGAUUUGACAAGGUUCUCUGGAGCCCCGAGGUCCUCCCGAAUGGCGUCUGCUUCUACCGGCUCAGCCCCGAUGGUGAGGAAGGCUACCCCGGUGACCUGAAAGUCUGGGUGACCUACAUGCUGAGCGGUGGGGAGCUGUCCAUCAACUAUCGAGCCCAGACCAGCAAGACAACACCCAUCAACCUGACAAACCAUGCAUACUUCAACCUUGCAGGACAGGGCUCACAGGAUAUCUACGACCAUGAGAUCUCUAUUGAAGCAGAUUCCUACCUGCCUGUGGACGACACCAACAUCCCUACUGGGGAAGUCACCGCAGUGCAGGGCACCGGCUUCGAUCUCCGGCAGCCUGUGGUCCUGGGGAAGCACUUGCAGAAGUUUUGCCUGGAUGGCUUCGACCACAACUUCUGCCUGCAGCAGGUGCAGGCUCGACGCCUUGCGGGCAGGGCUCACCACCCGCCCACUGGCAGGACCAUGGAGGUUCACACCACCCAGCCUGGCAUCCAGUUUUACACUGGGAACUUCCUGGAUGGCUCCUUGAAGGGCAAAGGCACCGUUAGGUACCCCAAGCACUCAGCUUUCUGCCUGGAAACCCAGAACUGGCCUGAUGCUGUCAACAAGCCCCAGUUCCCCAACACCCUGCUCCAGCCAGGCGAGGAGUACAACCACACCACAUGGUUCGUCUUCAGCACCACUUAAGGAAACGGCAUGCUGACUCCUACCACUGAGAGGGGACUUGCACUUCUUUGAGGGCUUCCUGAUGGUGAACGACUGAAAGGAAAACAAUCCAGAGUUAAUGUUUCAGUAGUCAUUUGCGAUUCACAAAUAGAGGAAAAAGCAACAGACACCUAGACCACUCUGGCACCCUUUAAGCACUGGCUGUUAAUAAAAUAACCAAUCACUAUUGACAAAGUUAAUGGGUCGAUUUAUUUUUAGAGAUAAUACAUUUAUUUUAUUUUUACUUUCGCAUUUUUGCAUUUCUCUGCUGUUAUUUUUUUGUAAUGCAAUUUAAAUGUGAUCAUUGUAACUAGGGAAGAAAAUGCUGCUGAUUCUGUGACUACACCUAUAUGCAUACACACACAGAUAUUUACCAAUUUAUUGGGGAAAAAAAUAUUUACUGCUGUUACUUGGAUUAUAAAUCUCAAUCUUCCAUUCCUGACUUCUAUGCCAAGUUACUCCACACUAUUCAUCCCAAAUCUUACUGUAGUUUUUAAUGAGACUCAGAGCGAAUUCUCAUAUUAAUUCUGUGCUUUUAAGCUCACCAGUAGAAAGACUCUGUGCAAUAAAACUGUUAGUGAACUAAAAUGAACACAGGACCAGACAAAGGCAAGAUGUAACACUGCUACAUAAUCAGUAUCCCGAGAAAUUAUUACCACAUAUACAUUACCAGAUAUAAAUCCACAAUCACAACAUUAUUUUUGUCAAAGGUAUCUUGGCAAAAUACCUUUCCAGUAUUUUCCUACAAGCAGCAGUCAAACUCCUCAGCAGAUACUAAAAAGGCAUCUCUACAGAAUCUAUGUUAUUAGUAGGGAGAUCAACAUACCUUCUCUUUGGAGAUGGUGAUCGGGACUUUGACCGACUGUCAAAACAGAAUAUCAUCAAUGCAGCUUAAAGGUCACAUGGAACUUUCAGAUAUUAAAUAAAAUAAGCAUCUUAGACAGCAAUGGAAUUAUUAAGGGAAUCUAGCCAGAAGCUCUUUAAAACACCAAAGUUUUCAAAUCAACUUUGACAUGGAUUCUCAGUUCACUUAGCAUGGAGAUUAAUUUUAAGGAACUGUCUUCAGUAAACAGGAAAACAAGGGGUGGUACUGAGGUGAGGCUUUAAGAAAAUAAACAUCACAGAUUUCUGCUGUUUUAUCAACAACAUAAGGCUGAAGCCCUUUAUAUGAUGGAUACAAAAAUAAAAGAACUGAACACAAAACCACAAAAAAAAUCAGUAGUAUGUUGGAAACUACAAACACUUAAUGAAAACAAAGAGAUGGUAAGGAACAUAUUCCAAAUAGCUGCAGGGGAAAUUUUAUAAUCUCAGUCAUACUGCAAACAGAUUAGCUGGGCACCCAUGUUUGGGGGAUUUUUUUCUGAAAUACCAGGCGCUGUUCAUCAUGCAAACACAAUAGUGAAUUCUAGAUACUACUGCAAGUUUAUCUCUAUACUUACCUCUUAGCCGGUGAGCCAGAUUUUGAUCUGCCAUGAGACCUAGACCUAAAACAAGAAAUAAAAGCACAGCUCAGCAGGAAAGCUAGUAGCAUGCAUGUUCUGACAUUUGAGACAGCAAGAUUCACACUAAAUGUGUAAGAAUUCUCAUGUUAGAUAGAAUCCUGCAAGUUUCCAGGGCUUUUCCGGGGAAGUUUUAGGAGAAAACUUUUCAAAUGGAUGCUGCACAUGUUGCUCUGUACUUUGGUGCCUGGCUGAUGAUUGGUGUUUGUGGAUGCAGGUGGCAGGAAUACAUAAACAAUCCAAAUCAUGACCAGUAUUUUCACUAAGCUAGUAAAAAGCCAUGCUCUAAACUUGAAAGUUUUAUUAGGCCUGAGUGAUACCUCUAUAGUUGAAACUGGCUGCAGGCAGCAUGUGCUUCCAAAUAUCUUCUCCUCAAUGCACUUCAUCUUAUAUAUGCACUUGCUCAAAGUAUUUUUAAAAAUCUGUCUCAACCAUUGUGAAAAGACUGUUAAAAAUGUGUCUUUAAGACCGCUGUACCGUAAGAACACUAAUACUGCCUAAAGAAAAACUUAAAUUUUUAGGUUCCCAAAGGAAGUGUUCUACUUUCCACAUCCAAGGCUUUCCACAACAACUUCAUGAUGCACACUUUGACACUGUCAAACCAGCAAGCAUCAUGUAAUACUUCUUUAGUCUGUCUUCCUUACGAAUCAAGAGCCUGUCUCCGGGUAGAACACAUUCCUUUGAUUCUUCUGUAAAGAAAUCAUCUUUCAAUUGCCUCAUGUGGAAGCUUAACAGUAACUUCAUUAGAGUUAAGUAGCAAUAGUCCGCCACUUCUCUGUACUUGUAUGUCUAUAAUUUCCUCUGCCUCAGUCAGUUAAUCUCUACUUACAAUGAAAGGUGUCACACAAUAGAGUCUAGAAAUUUCACUAAGCAUCCUUUACACUGAUGAAACGCUCCUGGUACUAUAAAAAGAAAACAGUGGUGGUAAAAUCAAGAUGUUUUUAUCUUUGAGAGCCUGUUGACUGUAGCUCCUUUCUGCUCCUCACUGAUAGCGAACAGUGAUGAGCCAUGAUUAAGUCACAUUGGAACAACUGGUGUUAAGAGUCAACACAUUUUAGCAACAGGUAGAAAGAGCGCACCUGCAUCAGUCAAGGGCAUUGCUCUGCUGCCUCAGGGAAUUUCCCUUCUAUUUUUACUAGCUUCUGGAUGGUUUCUGUGAGUUUCUGCUCUUAACCAAGCCAUCUUUUGGUCUCCCAUCUCACCAUUCCCUAAAAACUGUCAUUACUUGCUGCUUCGCUCUCAGAAAAUGCCACCACCACCUUUCAGCACUGAAUCUCCCAUCUUCAGCUGUAGGCUUUUCAACUUGCUGCCUUCAGCUAAAGCUCUUCUUUAUUUGUGUUUUCAUGGUUGAGUAUUAUGUUAUUUAUUUCAAAGACGAGCCAUCAAACCAGAAUGGUAGGCCCAUGAAUGGGCUGGGGCAAAAGCAGUACCAUCUUCUUCACAGGAGAACUUCAAUUUACUCUCAUUCUCCUACAACAUCAACCAACCUAUGUUAGCCAUGCUGCCUUGCCAAGGUUGUACAAACCACAAGCUGCAUUUGCUUACUAUGGAAGGACUGAACUACAACUUAAUGAAUGACAUCUUGUGUUCUUUUAAAAUGUGAUCGUCACUCUUAUGGCACAUUUGUUGGUACAAAAUAAUUCUGACAGGUGUUUAUCUAAAAUUUAAUUCAGAUUCUACAGACUGACACUGUGUUACUCAACAGAGCUGGAAACAGCUGUAACGCUGGUGGCCCAAGCAAGUCUGUCACAAAGACAAAAAACACACAAAGACAAAAAUACCCAACUCUUUUAUGAUUAAUUCCAAAUUUGUUUACUAUAUUAGCUGUUAAUGCAACCUGAUCAAAACAGUACUUGUCAUGACAAUCGGGACCUAGAUAUCAGUAAUAUGUAAAACAAUGAAAAGAGAAAGAACAGUCUUUUGCACCGCUUUUUAAAAUGACAGACCCUAAGUUAGUGGAGAGAAAACAUGGCUUUUUCUGAAAAUAUAAACAGCUAUCAUGGAAGAGAUCUUACCUGCUUCGGGGCCAUGUAACAGAUCUGGAUCUAGAUCUGGAUCUUGAUCUAGAUCUGAAAUUUUAAAAAUUAAGACAAAUUAAAACAAAAUCAAAGAAUUCAACUCAACCAGAAGUGAUGACAAUUACAGCACUGCUUAGAUUAAUGUCUACAUGUUGCACUUAAAACCUACAUGAUCAUUAGACAUUUCCUCAAAACUAAUUGUAUCACCGUGCCUGUAAAUACAACUAGGAUUAUCAGAUACUUCUUAAAGCACACUAAAGUAAAUUUCUAGACGUCAACAACUUUUGAAUCUGCUAUCAAAUACCUUUUUGAAUCCCUUAACUAAAAUGAAAACAACAACAAAACAAAACAACACAACCUAUUGAAAAUUACUAAUAAUUACCUUGAUCUCUUCAAGGAACCCGAUCGGGACCGGUGAGGAGACACAGACCUAGAUCUACGAGGAGAAACAGACCGGGACCUGCGAUAGGAAGCUGACCUAGACCUGCAAAGAAGCCAGUUAAAAAGUUGGACAGGUGUGGCUUUUUCUAAGCAAAAAGGAAUAAAACACAAACUUAAACACACCUCCUACCACGACUCCGACUACGUGACCGAGAAUACCUUCUGCCUCGGGACCUUGAACGGGAUCUAGACCGGGACCUGGUUUUAGGUUAGAGAAAACAGGUAUCAGGAAACAGCUGCAGAAAUCAGUACACGUGAGGCCCUGCUGAAGUCAAAACUGAUUUCAGACAACUAAAGAACUAGCAUCUGUCAGUUGGAAAAAAAUCUCUGGGCCUACUUGUCUUGAGCAUUUUACUACCUAGAAAAAUGUUAAAAGCUGAAUUACAUUGCAGAAUUACAUUAGAAUAGAAAACACUGUAAUGCGUAUUUAAAAUAAACCUUGCAAGUCUGCAGGUCGACCCUCUUUGGCCCAAGGUCUAGUAGAUCUAGACGAUCUAGAAGUAUCUAUAGCCGAUCGCUGCAUCUAGGUGUUCUCUUCAAUCUAACGACGAUCAAACUGACAGCCCAAUGAGCCAGGGUGAGGCUUGAUUGACGCAAGAAGAUUUUUCUAGGUGGGAAAGUGGUCAAUCUGGUGUUCCUCUUUCUAAACCGGAGGGGGCCCCCAAUUGAAAGCCAAAUUUACUGUUACGGCGAUCACCGUCUCAAAUUUUCUGCCCUUAAAGAAUAAGGUGAAGCUACGUGUAGAUGGCUCGAGGGGAUCUGGCCUCUUAUGCUGAUCACCUCAAGGUCUAGGAGGAUCUUAAGUGUCGGAUUUGCAAGGCGCCUCAGCAUGAAAUCUUAAGGCUCGUGACAUUCUGAAUCAAGGCGACUGACUCAAACGAAGAAACCUGAAAGGUUUUGACCAGGUUGAUUAUUAAGAUAUUAACAUUUGAUAGAAAUAGCAACAAAUUGUAAUAUAAACCUAUACAUUUAUUCUAGCAUUAAAGUUUAAAGAAA